UUCAUGCCGCCCGGCGCCGUCGCGCGUGAAGAGAAUGAUUCGGCUCAAUAUUGAAAUGGUGGUGCUGUAUCUCUGAUACAGUAGAGGAUUAGGUCGGCAGGCGUCUCUAUCCAUAUUGUGGGACUCUACGAUCAGAAUGAGCGGUCGCAUAGUCGACUAUAUCUCGCAAUAUGCAGAAACGGCGCUGCUGUCAACUCUGGAGAACAUCGCCGGCGCCAAAGACCUUCUGAUCGAGCCAACGUUGAUAAAGUCUUUAGACAACAUUGCGAGUCUGAAGAAAUUGAGAGCUACAGGUGUUUCGAAAUUAUUCAGAUUGGAGGGGGUCCUUCCUGCGAAUUCAUCGAGAAAAUGUGUUUUCCUCGUCAAGGGGUCUCUGAGUUCCGUCAAACAGGUCGCAUCGAUCAUCUCCUCGUCCCCCAACGGUCGCGAGUUCUACCUCCUCGGUCUUCCUCGCCUCACUGCGGCUGCGAUAACGCUUCUAGAAUCUGAGGGGGUUUUCGGGAUGAUAAAUCUCAUUCCUAUACCGGUGAGCCUUAUCGCCAUAGAAGACGACGUGGCCUCCUUAGAGAACGAGACUUUUUUUCGGGAUGUGUUCGUGCACGACGACCAUUCGCCUCUCUCCUCGGUGGCGCUAUCUCUUUGUCAGAUUGAGGAAUUCGCCAAAAUCGGACAGGUCUUUUUGAUAGGUGACACGAGUAGAAGCGUCUUCAAUCAAUGGAAGCUCUUGCGCAAAGGCAGUACCGCCUCCGAAAGUAAAAUCACCAUCGAGAGCCUGGUGAUUUUCAGCCGAGACGCUGAUUACGUUUCACUCAUGAGCACUCAGAUGAAUUACAGCGCCAUCCUCGAUGAUCUCUUCGGAAUCCAGAACGGGAAAUGUGUCAUACCGAAGAGUGUCACAAAGAAGGAGGAACGACAAAUUAAUUUCAAAGAACCCAACGAAACGCUGAGCUCCAUCAGAGACAAACACAUUUCGUCCGUUUUCGGAGUUUUGAGCAGCGAAAGCAAGAAGUUCAUGGGGAAUGUCUCGGGCGGAACCCCGCAAUCCAUAUCGGGUCUGAAGCAUUUCGUCAACAACGAGCUGAGCGCAGUGACCAAAUUGCGGAGUGCUUUGUCGCUCCACGUCAGCAUUUGUGAAGAGAUUUCUCAACGUCGAGGACACGACUUCGAUGUCGUCCGGGCCGCCGAACAGAAUCUUCUCCAAGGCACGGAUGUCAAGAAUACGAUCGAACUCAUAAAAGAUUGCAUCUGCUCAGAGAAACCGUGGGACGUUUCUUUGCGGCUAUUGUGUCUCUUAUCUCUCGUCCAAGAUGGUAUACCUCACGGAUACAUGGAAAACUUGCGGACGUUCUUCCUCCAUCAAUACGGUCACCAUUAUUUGGCGAUCCUCCAAAGACUAGAAAAGCUAGAAAUCCUGUACGAGGCUCCGCCCGUGAUGGGUACACCGCAGGGCAAGGGUGGAUCGAUGAUAAGUAAAAUGGCUACCUCCGCGAGCCUCCUCGGCCUCAAGGAAUCUGCUUUCAUGUCCAAGAGUCGCAAACUCGGUCUCAUACAGUCGGAGAAAGACAGAAGGACGAGGACGCACAGUGCCGGCUAUGUGUUCAACGAUUUGUACGUUCCAUUGAUCGCUAAGCUGUUGGAAUCUAUCAACUCGGGUAAUUGCGACCAAUUGUCGAAAGUAUUAGGUGGAGCUCUCACCUCGGAACGCCUUCACCAAGCACCUUUACUAGCAUCAGCAAAGAACGUUCUCGUGUACUUCGUCGGCGGUGCUUCCUUCGGAGAGCUAGCGGCCUUACGACUGGUGUCAAAGCUCCAAGGUUUUAAUAUAUUUUUCGCAGCCACGGAUCUUUGUGGGGGCUCGAGAUUUCUGAAUAAAUUGAUCUGAAAUGAUCGUA